CUAGACCAACUACUCUCAAUCUCUCAUCUCUGUCUCUCUCUCUCAAACCUCCUGAUUCUUACUUAUUACUUUCAAAGGCCUCAGAUCUGAGCUUCAUGCUUUCACAUAAACUCACGCUCGCUCUUCUCUUCAACUUCAACCUGUGAAUUCUAAGUGAAUAAAUCUGGACAUGUGGUACAAAGGGCUUGUGUAGGGUAAUAUUUUUAAGCUUUACAGGAUUUUGACCGUAACUCCGACUUCUGAUUGUAAAAAAUUAAGAGAGGAUUGAUUUCAUUUAUUCAUGGCAAAAUCGAGGCAACAUUUUUAUGCCCAAGAUGCAUCAUUGUCACCUACUGCUGUGAGGUCGAGGGAAUGGGAGGGUCCAUCGAGAUGGACAGAGUACUUAGGUCCUGACACAAAUUCUCCAGUGUCAUCAAGAACCUCUAGAAAUGGGAGUCUUGAUGGACAGAGCCAGGGUGGUUUGGGUGGAUCACACAGGGGUUUGAACAUGCAGUGGGUGGUCCAACUUAUUGAAGUGGCCGAUGGAUUAAUGGCCAAGAUGUAUCGGUUUAAUCAAAUAUUGGACUAUCCAGAUCCGGUCGGUCAUGUGUUUUCUGAAGCAUUCUGGAAAUCAGGCGUGUUCCCGAACCAUCCAAGGAUAUGUUUAUUACUAUCAAAAAAGUUUCCAGAGCACUUUAGCAAAUUGCAACUUGAACGUGUGGAUAAAGCUGCUUUGGAUGCCAUGCAUGACAGUGCAGAAGUUCAUUUACAGAGCUUGGAACCAUGGAUUCAGUUGCUUCUUGACUUGCUGGCAUUUCGUGAACAAGCUCUGCGACUUAUACUGGAUCUAAGUAGUACUGUUAUUACCCUCUUGCCUCAUCAGAACUCACUUAUACUACAUGCUUUUAUGGAUGUCUUUUGUUCCUUUGUCCGCGUUAAUCUUUUCUCUGAGAAGAUGCCAAGGAAAAUGAUGCUGCAAGUGUAUAACCUUUUACAUGCCAUGUCAAGAAAUGAACGAGACUUUGAUUAUUAUCAUCGGUUGAUUAUGUUUAUAGACUCAUAUGAUCCACCAUUGAAAGGGUUACAAGAAGACCUAAAUUUUGUGAGCCCACGUAUUGGGGAGGUACUGGAGGCUGUUGGUCCUAUUAUUUUCUUAUCUACAGAUACAAGGAAGCUGAGAAAUGAGGGAUUUCUGAGUCCAUAUCAUCCUCGAUACCCAGACAUACUCACAAAUAGUGCUCACCCCAUGAGAGCCCAAGAUCUUGCAAAUGUUACUUCUUAUCGAGAAUGGGUAUUACUUGGAUAUCUUGUUUGCCCUGAUGAGCUGCUUCGCGUUACUAGCAUUGAUAUUGCUCUGGUUGUACUGAAGGAAAAUUUAGUUCUUCCACUGUUUAGAGAUGAGGUGAUUCAGAUAUGAUGUGAAUUUUAUUUUGCAUUUCUAAAUUCUUCUUUUGUGGUGGCUUAUACUGUUGCUAUUGUUAUGCAGUAUGUACCAUUGCAUGAGGAUUAUCAGUUAUAUGUUUUGCCGCGAAUAUUAGAAUCGAAAAAGAUGGCAAAAUCUGGACGUACUAAGCAAAAGGAAGCAGAUUUGGAAUAUAGUGUGGCAAAGCAGGUUGAGAAGAUGCUAAGUGAGGUUCAUGAGCAAGCAAUUUUAUCAUGUGAUGUGAUACACCGGGAGAGGAGAAUAUUAUUAAAGCAAGAAAUUGGAAGGAUGGUAAUCUUUUUCACUGAUCAGCCAAGUUUAUUGGCUCCAAACAUCCAGAUGGUAUUUUCUGCUUUGGCUCUAGCUCAAUGUGAGGUGAUCUGGUACUUUCAACAUGUUGGAGUUGCAACAUCAAAAUCUAAAACUGCUCGAAUUGUACCAGUGGACAUAGAUCUAAAUGAUCCAACUAUUGGAUUCUUGUUAGAUGGAAUGGAUCGCCUGUGCUGUCUAGUGCGCAAGUAUAUUGCAGCAAUUCGAGGUUAUGCAUUAUCAUAUCUCUCUUCCUGUGCUGGUAGAAUCCGGUUUUUACUUGGAACUCCUGGAAUGGUGGCCCUUGACCUUGACUCAACUUUGAAAAGACUUUUUCAGCAGAUAGUUCAGAAACUUGACCACAUACCAAAACUACAGGGUGAAAAUGUAUCUGCCAUCACAUGCGAUCUAUCUGACUUUCGUAAGGAUUGGUUAUCAAUAUUGACGAUUGUCACAUCUGCUCGGUCAUCUAUUAACAUAAGACAUUUGGAGAAAGCUACUGUCUCCACAGGAAAGGAAGGAUUACUAUCUGAAGGAAAUGCGGCAUACAAUUGGUCCAGAUGUGUGGAUGAACUGGAGUCUCAGUUAUCAAAGCAUGGAAGUCUCAGAAAGCUGUAUUUCUACCACCAACACCUUACAGCGGUUUUCAGGAACACUAUGUUUGGUCCAGAAGGACGUCCUCAGCAUUGCUGUGCAUGGCUUGGUGUGGCAAGUAGUUUUCCAGAGUGUGCUUCUCCAAUUGUUCCUGAAGAGGUUACUAAAAUUGGGCGGGAUGCAGUCCUAUAUGUUGAGUCUCUUAUAGAAUCCAUCAUGGGAGGAUUGGAGGGGCUGAUCAACAUUCUUGAUUCUGAAGGAGGAUUUGGUGCUUUAGAGAUUCAGCUUCUUCCAGAGCAGGCAGCAUUUUAUUUGAAUAAUGCAUCAAGAGUUUCAAUUCCUUCAGCAAAAUCUCCAAAAAUGGCAGCUGGAUAUCUGUUGCCUGGCCAUGAGAGCUAUCCUGAAAAUAAUAAUUCUAUUAAAAUGUUAGAAGCUGCAAUGCAGAGAUUGACCAACUUAUGCUCAGUGUUGAAUGAUAUGGAGCCUAUAUGUGUUCUUAACCACGUGUUUGUCCUAAGGGAGUACAUGAGGGAAUGCAUCCUUGGGAAUUUCAAGAGGAGAUUACUUGCUGUACUAAAAACUGAUAAUGAUCUUCAACGGCCUUCCAUUUUGGAAUCGAUGAUUCGCAGACACAUGAGCAUUGUCCACCUGGCAGAGCAGCAUAUUAGCAUGGACUUAACCCAGGGUAUUCGAGAAGUCUUACUCACUGAGGCCUUCACAGGACCAGUUUCUUCUCUUCACGUGUUUGAUAAACCAGCAGAGCAACUCACUGGAUCAGCAACUGAAAUUGUAUGCAACUGGUACAUAGACAAUAUUGUCAAGGAUGUAUCUGGUGCUGGAAUCCUGUUUACACCAAUGCACAAAUGCUUCAAAAGCACAAGGCCUGUUGGUGGAUAUUUUGCUGAGUCAGUCACUGAUCUCAGAGAAUUGCAAGCCUUCAUUCGACUCUUUGGUGGUUAUGGGGUGGAUAGGCUGGACAGAAUGAUGAAAGAUCAUACGGCUGCUCUUUUGAACUGCAUUGACACAUCAUUGCGUUCAAACCGUGAGCUGUUGGAGGCAGUUGCUGUCAGCAUGCAAAAUGGUGACCGAAUAGAAAGAGAGGCCUCUUUGAAGCAGAUAGUGGAUUUGGACACGCUAAUUGGAUUUUGCGUCGAGGCAGGGCAAGCACUAGCUUUUGAUAACCUUCUAGCUGAAGCUGCUGGAACCGUCCUUGAAGAAGGUGCACCAUUGAUAUACUCUUUACUUGCUGGGGUAGUUAAGCAUAUACCUGAAGAACUACCUGAAAAGAAGGAAAUCAGGAGGCUGAAGGGGUUGGCAAACAGUGUUGGUGUGGUUGCUGAUCAUGAUUCUGAGUGGGUAAGAUCAAUAUUGGAGGAGGUUGGAGGUGCACACGAUGAUUCAUGGAGUUUGUUGCCUUCCUUAUUUGCAAGCUUCAUGACCUCCAAUAUUUGGAACACCACUGGGUUCAAUGUUGACACUGGAGGUUUCAACAACAAUAUCCAUUGUCUGGCAAGGUGCAUUCAUGCUGUGAUUGCAGGACGUGAGCAUGUCAGAUUGGAACGGGAAUAUCACCAGAGACAGGCUCUCUCAAAUGGCCAUGCUGGUGAGACUUUGGAUCCUGAAAUGCAAAGCCAUGUUUCGGUGGAAGCAAGCAUCAAGUCUGCAAUGCAGGUUUUUGUCAAAUUCUCUGCAGGAAUAAUACUAGAUUCGUGGAGUGAAGCUAACAGAUCUCAUAUGGUAGCCAAGCUCAUAUUUCUCGACCAACUUUGUGAGAUAUCACCAUUCCUUCCCAGAAGUUCUCUUGAACCCCACGUUCCUUAUGCCAUUCUCCGAUCGAUAUACAGUCAGUAUUAUAUGAAUUCCCCAUCCAUACCGCUGGCAUUACUAAGCUUAUCACCCCGCCAUUCAUCUACUGUAUCAUUAUCACAUCAUGCCUCUCCCAUAACAAGGCAGCCUCGUGGCGAUUCAACUCCGCAGUAUAGUUCUAAUGAUUCUGGCUACUUCAGAGGAUCAUCAUCCCAUAGCCAGGAACACUUCUAUGAUCCCAGUAGUGGAAGCAUAAAGAGUAGUGAAGGUAGACACCGGAAUGUGCGUCGCUCUGGACCACUUGAUUACAGUUCAAGCCAGAGUAAAGUGAAUGUGCGUCGCUCUGGGCCACUUGAUUACAGUUCAAGCCGGAGUAAAGUUAAGUUCGUCGAAGGCUCAACUUCUGGGAGCACAGGCCCCAGUCCUCUGCCAAGGUUUGCAGUAUCAAGGUCUGGUCCUAUAUCAUACAAGUAGAAAAUGAUGAUGGGCACCGAAAGGAAAUGAAUGGUAAAUUAUCUACGUCUCAUGUCAGUGAUGGUUAUUUGAAUAGCAUAUGUAAUUACUAAUUACACGAAGAUUUGUUCAUACAAAUUUUGCAAAAAAGUAUGUAGAUUUACUGCACGACUUCCUCUUUGUAACAGUUUUGUUAAUGUAAGUUAAUGCCCUAUGUCAUCUUGUGUUUAGGUUGUUCA